AUGUCGGCCCUCAUCGCCGCCUGGCAGGGGCUCCCGCCGUCCUGGUUGCAGGGCACGCCACCCUGCUCCUCGCCCAACUGCUCCUCCGGCUCGGGAGCGCCGGCCUGCACCUGGCAGGGAGUCGCCUGCCUCCGCGGGCGGGUGGUUGGCAUCGCCCUGCCCAACAGCUCGGGCGAGGCGGCGGCGGGAAUCACGGGGUCCAUCCCGUCCGGCAUUACCGACCUGACCAAGCUGCAGCAGCUGGACAUGCGGGGGAACCGCAUCUCGGGCCCUCUGCCGGGGUUCAUUGCCAACCUCACCGACCUCUCCAGCCUCCUCCUGGCCGGGAACCAGCUUGGGGGCCAGCUGCCAAACGGCCUGGGCCUGAUGCCGCGUCUCUCGGUCCUCUCCCUGGCUGCAAAUUUUUUCGAGGGUGGGCUCCCCGCUUCUUAUGGCAACCUGUCCACUCUGACCGUGGCAGACCUCUCGUCCUCUGGGUUUUCAGGCGAGUUGGGGGGGUACAAAGGGGCCGCCGCAGGGUAUGAGGUGUACCUCGACCUGCUCAUAGGCUGCAGCAAUCCUACUCUGACCCCUCCUGUGUCCCAUUGA